AUGGUUUCUAAACCAUCCGCCAUGCUGUCACACCUGCCAUCCCUCCCCACCCCGCCUUGUGCAGAAAGGUCUUCUCUCCUUUCUGCGGGGCACCGUGAAGAGACCUUCUCACCCCGCCAAGACACGAGACAUACUUACAAGUUUGGGCUAGCCUUGGCCCCUACAAGCCUGGUUACUGUUCCCGCUGCCCGGUUACAGUUCAUGCCGCCCGUCACUGUUCAUGCCGCCCGUCACUGUUCAUGCCGCCCGUCACUGUUGAUGCCGCCCGUCACUGGUCGUGCCGCCCGUCACUGGUCGUACCGCCCGUCACUGGUCGUGCCGCCCGUCACUGGUCGUGCCGCCCGUCACUGGUCGUGCCGCCCGUCACUGGUCGUGCCGCCCGUCACUGGUCGUGCCGCCCGUCACUGGUCGUGCCGCCCGUCACUGUUCGUGCCGCCCGUCACUGCUCGUGCCGCCCGUCACUGCUCGUGCCGCCCGUCUCUGCUCGUGCCGCCCGUCUCUGCUCGUGCCGCCCGUCACUGCUCGUGCCGCCCGGUCACUGCUCCUGCCGCCCGGUCACUGCUCCUGCCGCCCGUCACUGCUCCUGCCGCCCCGUUACUGUUCAUGCCGCCCGAUUACCAUGCCAUGCCAUGUCCUCGUGCUCGUUUCCGCCCUUGCUCGUUUCUGCCCUUGCUCGUUUCUGCCGACAGUGACGGGCGCAGCUGGGCAACGGUGCGGCGAGGCUAA